GCAUUGCGGUGCGGUUGCCUUUUGACGUGUAGAUUGUAGUGUUUCGUGGGCGCAUUUUUCAGUGUAUAAAAUUUUAUAAUUAAGUAAUUAAUUUCAUGAUUGAACUUUUGCACAAUCUACACUCACAUAAAAACAUUUUUCAUAUAAUUUUACUUCAUUUGAAGGUGAAAUUUUAGCCGGUAGUAAUCAUGAGUCGUUUCUUUGCAACUGGCACAGACUCUGAGUCUGAAACUUCUUCAGAGGAGGAGCAUGUAGUACGAGCACCAGCGCCCGUAUACACGUUCAGCGAUGAUGAAGAGGAAACGAAGCGUGUUGUGCGGUCUAUGAAAGAAAAGAGAUAUGAAGAGUUGGAAGGAUUUAUCCAUUCAAUAAGAAAUCAUCGUAAGAUCAAAGAUUUCUCCUCUGCAUUAGCUUCAUUUGAGGAGUUACAAAGGGCAUACACCCGAGCUUCUUCUGUCAUUCAAAAGGAAGAAAAUGGAAUUGCACCACGAUUCUUCAUUCGAGCUCUGGUAGAGUUAGAAGACUGGGUUACAUCAGCCUGGAAUGAUCGUGAAAGCAGAAAGGCCAUGUCUAAAGGAAACAGCAAAGCUUUGACCUCCUUGAGACAGAAACUAAGAAAAUAUACUAAAGAGUUUGAUUCUGAAAUUGUAAAGUUUCGUGAGAAUCCUGAUCUUCCAGAUGAUGAUGAAGAGCGUAAGGAUGAACCAUCGUCUGAUGAGUCAGAUGAAGAAGAAAAAGUUAAAGAAAAGCCUAAAGUUCGUCGUUCACCAGAACCACAACGUCGGCCAGCUCCUCAAGAGGAUGAAUCCUCUGAUUCCAUGGAUUGGGGAUCCAGUUCCUCUGAGUCUAGUUCUAGUUCUGAUGACGAAACCCGAGGGGCUGCUACUCUUCGUGAGCGCUUUCUUAAGCGUGCAACAGAGAGGGAUGAUGAUGAAGAGGGAGACAGGCGCAGGGCCAGAAGAGAGAGACGUGAGAGGGUGGGCAAAGUGAGCAAGAAAGACCAGGUUGAUGAUGGUGGUGAAUGGGAGACAGUAAGAAAAGGUGCUGCUACUUCUGACAAACCAAAAAUGUUUGCUAAGGAUAGUGACAUUGAUGCUGCCCUAGUUGUAAAGAAACUGGGAGAAGUCAGUGCGGCUCGAGGCCGAAAACGCACAGACCGCCGUGCCCAACUAGAACUAUUACAUGAACUGCGCACUGUCGCUGCACAACACAAUCUUGGUGAUGCUCUUCAGUUAAAACUACGCGCAGCCACUGUUGCAGCACUCUUUGAUUACAACCCUAAGGUGUCUGAUGCUAUGAAACCUGAAUAUUGGUCACGGCUUGUUGAAAACGUGGAUCAUAUGGUAACUAUUCUCUUAGCUAACGAGGACAUGGUGCUUAGUGAAACAAUCACAGACGAAACAGAGCAACUUGUAACUGCUCCAUUUCAAGUUAGAGGCAGCUUGCUAAUAGCGCUCGAGCGAUUAGAUGAUGAGUUCACUAAACUUUUGAAGGAAUGUGAUCCUCAUUCCAAUGAAUAUGUUGAGCGAUUAAAGGAUGAAGUGAGAGUCUCGGCUCUGAUUGACCGAGUCUGUCAAGUUGUGGAGCGUGAUGGCACCCCUCAAGAAAUAUGCCGUGCUUAUCUUCGUAAAAUUGAUCAUCUUUACUAUAAAUUCGACCCACGUGCCGUGAAGAAAGAUCAACCUCCUAGCGAGGAAACUUCUAUUAAGAAGAUGGAGAAAUUUUGCAAAUACAUCUAUGCAAACGACGAAUCUGAUCGUCUACGUACGCGUGCCAUCUUGUCGCACAUCUAUCAUCACGCUCUGCAUGAUAACUGGUUCCAAGCGCGUGAUCUCUUGCUGAUGUCUCAUUUACAAGAGAAUGUUCAGCAUUCCGAUCCCAGCACUCAGAUUCUGUACAACCGCACUAUGGCCAACCUAGGUCUGUGUGCAUUCCGUCGAGGGAAUGUAAAAGAAGCACACGGUUGUCUAGCCGAGCUAAUGAUGACUGGAAAGCCUAAAGAACUGCUCGCUCAGGGUCUUUUGCCGCAGCGUCAGCAUGAGCGAUCUAAAGAGCAAGAAAAGAUUGAGAAGCAGCGCCAGAUGCCUUUCCAUAUGCAUAUAAACUUGGAGUUACUGGAAUGUGUGUAUCUGGUAUCUGCUAUGUUAAUUGAGAUACCGUAUAUGGCUGCACAUGAGUUUGAUGCCCGUCGUCGUAUGAUAAGUAAGACGUUUUACCAGAACUUGCGCGCGAGUGAGCGUCAAGCUCUUGUGGGUCCGCCCGAAUCGAUGCGAGAGCACGCGGUUGCGGCUGCUCGGGCCAUGAGACGCGGGGACUGGCGAGCAUGCCUUAAUUUCAUCGUUAACGAGAAAAUGAAUGCCAAGGUAUGGGAUUUGAUGGUUGGCGCCGACAACGUCCGGGCUAUGCUUGGUCGUUUGAUCAGAGAGGAGUCACUCCGUACUUACUUAUUUACAUAUGCUCAUGUCUAUGCUUCACUAUCCCUUCGUUCUAUGGCCGACAUGUUCGAGAUGCCGCGUCAACGCGUGCAUUCGCUUGUCUCAAAGAUGAUUAUUAAUGAAGAAUUGUUAGCCUCACUUGAUGACCCCAGUGAAUGUGCAAUCCUUCAUCGCUCGGAGCCCACUAGAAUGCAGGCGCUGGCGCUACAGUUGGCUGAUAAGGUGGGCAACUUGGUGGACUCAAACGAGCGUAUUUUCGAGAAGCAAGGGUCGUUCUUCCAGCGGGGUGGAGCCCCAAGGGGCGAAGGCCGACAACGCGACCGCCCCCGGGAAGGGUGGGGGCGCCGGCAACGCAACCGCCGUCGGGACGACGACCGCACCCACGAAGAUUAAAGCAUAAACGAUCGUACUCUAUCCAUAAACUAACUACCCUGAAUACUUUUCUACCAUUUGUAUCUGAAGAAAAGUGCUCACAGAACUUAGUCAUAGACAAUGUGCAGCAAGCUUAUGAAGAUUCAAAAGAAAAUGUCACCAAUUCAGUAUAUAUAGAAAAAUUUCAGACAUUAAUAUGCAUACAUAAUAUCAUUCCUUCACUACGAUUUUCUUUUUCAAAACAAUCCAUACAUUUCGAUAAAGCUGCUAGUGUCUAUUCUCAAAUCUUCUUUUAUACACCCGGAAGGAGGCGCCCUUUCAUAUUACUACAGUAAAUAUCGUUAUAUGUAGUUAUGUGAAAGGGCGCCGCAAAUACUACAGAUUCCGAAUACUUACUCCAUCAAUAUUUGUCUAUUUAUCAUACAAUUAGCUUUUCAUAUGGUGAAUGAUAUCAAAUAUAAAAACCCGUUUGUAUUCGUUUUUAAAUAAAUUUGUUGCAAUUC